AUGGAUAAUUCAUUGGGUGCUACAAACAUUGAUAUUGAGAAUUCUGAUUUGGAGUUGGAUUGGAAACCUAGAAAAGGAAUGGAGUUUGAUUCUGAACAAGCAGCUUAUGACUUCUACAAUAGAUAUGGAGGAAAAAAGGGGUUUAGUAUUAGAAGGGAGACUCAUGGUAAGAAUAAAAGAACAAAAGAACUCACUUCAAGAUUAUUUGUUUGCUGUAAGGAAGGUAUUCGAUCCAAAGAUAAGAGGGAUUACAUGAUCAGAAAACCCAGAGCAGAGACAAGAACAGGUUGCGGUGCUCAACUUUGUAUUAAAUUGAAUAGGAGGAACAAUAAGUUCUUUGUUAGCCAUUUUGUUGAAGAGCACAAUCAUCCUCUUGUGGGGAAAGAAUGUUCCCACAUGCUACCUUCGCAACGGAAAGUACAAGACUCUCAAGGCAUUGACAUAGACUUAGCACACGAUUCUGGAAUUGGUGUGACUUCUCUAUAUGAAUUGAUGGGUAAGCAAGCAGGUGGAAGAGAUGUUGUUGGGUAUACAAAACAGGAUGUAAAAAACUACCUUCGAUCAAGGAGACAGAGAAGCUUGGAGUAUGGAGAAGCUGGAUAUAUUAUGAAAUAUUUUUCAGAUCAAACAUUGGAAAACCCUUCAUUCUACCAUGCUAUGCAAUUAGAUAGUGAGGAGCAAAUAACAAACUUAUUUUGGGCAGAUGCUAAAAUGAUCAUUGAUUAUGGCCAAUUUGGGGAUGUUGUUAGUUUUGAUACAACAUACAAGGUUAACAAAUCUAAUCGACCUCUUGCUGUGUUUGUCGGAUUCAAUCAUCACCGCGAGACUAUUAUAUUUGGGGUGGCUCUAAUGUAUGAUGAAACAGCUGAUUCAUUUAUAUGGUUGUUUGAGACAUUUUUGAGGGCAAUGUCUGGAAAGGCUCCAAAGACAAUAUUUACAUAUCAAGAUGCUGCAAUGGCAAAGGCUCUUCGACAUGAUAUGCCUGAUUCAUAUCAUAGGCUUUGCAAAUGGCAUAUGAUGCAAAAUGCCAUAAAGCAUGGACAUAGUUUUUUGACAGAAGAAGGUGGGAUCACAAGUGUUUUGUCAAGGUUCAUGGAAAAUGUUGAGGAGGAAGAUGAGCUUAUAUCUGCUUGGGAUGCUAUGCUUGAUAAAUAUGGUGCUCGUGACAAUACUUGGUUAAGUAGCAUAUAUGAUUUAAGAGAAAAAUGGGGUUUUCUGUAUGUUAAGAGAGCAUGGUCAGCUGGAAUAAGAAGCACUCAACUGAGUGAAAGUUUUAACUCGGCCUUGAAAAAAUAUUUAGACUCUGACCAUAAUCUGUCAGAGUUUUUUAUACACUUUGAGAGGAUGGUUGCUGAUAAAAGGUAUAAGGAGUUAGAGGCAGAAUAUGAUAUGUGCUUCAGGUUGCCUAUUCUGAAAAUGCAUGUGAAAAUGCUAUAUGAAGCAAGAAGAGUUUACAUUAAGCUGAUAUUUGAAGAUUUUCAGGAUCAAUUUGAAUCAUCCCUUGAAGCUUCUAUAACAAAUUGUGUUGAUAUUGAUGGUGGAAAGAUAUAUACAGUUAUUAGAGAUGGUUACUCUAGAGAACGCCAAGUGAAGAGAGAUAGUGAUGAUAUAGUCUCUUGUAGUUGCAGAUUGUUUGAGAUGAAAGGGGUUGUAUGUAGGCACAUUAUCAAGGUCCUUAGAGAAGUGAUGCAAAUCAAAGAAAUUCCUGAGCAUUAUAUCUUAAAAAGAUGGACAAAAAAAGCUAGAGCUGAAAGUGUUCAAGACAUGCAUGGGCGUGAAAUUCAACCAGACCCUAAGUUGCAACAAGCCUCUUGGUACAGAUCCUUAUGUUCCACCUACAUUAGGAUAUCAAACAGGGCUUCUGAAAAUGAAAAGGCAUACAAAUUAGCAAUGAUACAUGCAGAGAAAUUAGCAAAAGAAAUUGAAGACUUGCUAUGGUCUGAAAUGAAUGCUAAUGGGGAUGAGAAUGAACAUACAACUCAAUCUACUCCUAUUGAACAACUCAAUGGUAAUGUGGUGAAUGCAAAGGGACUGAAGAAAAAGGAAUCUUCUAGAGGAAGAAAACGGCGAAUCAAGAGUCAAUUGGAGAUAAGCAUGGAAAAAAAUAAAAGACAGAAACAAUCUAGUAAAAAAGCUAUUGAGGUAACUCCUGAUGCAAUGAAUAAUGUAUACAAGGUGACUAUUGAUCCACUAUGUGAUGAAGAGAAUAUUGCUGCUGAUCUAACAUGUAAUGCAGACCAAUUUCUGGAACAAGAUAUAUCUGCAUCUUCACUUAGAUUUCUUGCUUGUAGUCAGGUUCUGCAUCAUUCUGUUUUGUUUUUGUAA